AUGCAAGAGUACUUUAUCACCAAAUUCGAAGAGAGGGCGAUUCGUCACCAAUGCUUAAUCUAUGUCCGCCUGCAGUUGGAAUUCAAGCAUGCCCAGAUAGACAUCGCGGAUGGGCCUUGGCUGAGAGCGAAUGAUAUAGUUCCGCUUGCUUUUAUCCUGAUUGCUUACCAAAUGCAUGCGUGUGCCAUGGGAGUAUCGCCACCACUCUCAUCGCCGUCGCGUGAUCAAAAUGAAUUUUUAAUUGCUAGAGGAAACUCAGAUUGGUACCUGAGUAUUGAGAAGGUUGAGUCUAUUUUACGACACCAAGAAGAUGAACAGACGCCAGAAUAUGCCGCUUAUGCAGACAUGUUGAAAUUACUGUGGGAGAGACUAUCACCAUGA